AUGGACAAUUGGAAUCGCCGCAACAAAUCCGGGAGAGCGAACUCGGACAAAAACGUGAGCUUUCAUUGAAGUUCAUGUAGUCAUCAAAAGUUAAAAUUCAGGAAUACGAUGAUCUUCUAGUUUUUGGCUAUUCGUCUAGAAUCUUUCCUGUCGAUAAUCAAUCAGAUUUCAUUUCCGAAGAGAGGCACAUGGUUCAAUGUUUAGGAGAUCCAUCAAAUCGUGUUGAUAGGUAAGAAUAUUGGUUGUAAAAACUGGUUCAAAUAUUCCAUGAAACGAAAAACAGAUCGAUUUUCGGAUAGUGAAAUGGCUUCGAUGAAAAUAAAUGCCUGGUGAGUUUAUUUUUAAGGGAUUUGAACAUUUUUUAGCGAAACCAUUUCAGAAUUACAAUUUAUUUUUAGUGGAAUUAUUAUUCAAAUGCUUCAAAUUCGAGGGGUCAACCGUUGUUUUUAACUAAUUAAUUAGCAAUCUGAAAAAUUACGAAGUUUUUUUUAGGUCGAAUGCAGCAACGGAUGCGAUAUGAGUUAGUAAGUUCCCAUCAAAACGAAUAUAUCUACAUUCAAAUUAUUGAAGUUUAAAAAAUAUAAAAUGAAGAUUUCUAGUUUAAUCCAAUUAAAUUUCAGAUACGAUUGUCGACUUCUUCUGUCAUCAGUGGAUAAUUUAGUCGGAAAAAACGAGGAUAACGAAGAAAUAUGUCCCACUGAAGCAAUGGAAGAAGAUAUGUGUGAUGAGGAAAGAUAUAUGGAUAUGUAUAAAGAUAUCAAAGAGCAGAGUAAGUUUUAUAACAUUUUGGAAUUUGUUAGGAACUUUGGAGAAGUCUUGAUUUAAAAAAAAAUUCUGAAGACCCCGUCGAAAAAAAAAUCACUCACUACAUUUUAUUGUUCCAAAUUUCUUCUUCUCAGGGAAAACGCUUUUCUGAAAUGUGUUAAAAAAGAAAUGAGACAAUGACCACGUUCCAAGUGAAUUUUUAAAACAAAACCCAUUUUUUUUCAUUUCUAGAAGAACGUGAAGAAGAGGAAGAAAAACGACGACAAAGCACUUCAAAAGCAUCAAUUGGUUUCGAUUAUGGAACAAACACUGUAAAAGAAGAAAAUGAGGAAGAAAGUGAUAGUGAAGAUGAGCCAUUCGAACCUCCAGAAGGUAUGAAAUUCCCAGUUGGCCUGUUUCUACCUCCAAAUAUGAAACUUCAUCAUAUAAUUGAAAGAACUGCAUCUUUUGUUGUUGCAAAUGGCGCACAAAUGGAAAUUGUUAUCAAAGCGAAGCAAAGAAAUAAUCUGGAACAAUUUGGAUUUCUUGAUUUCGAUCAUCAAUUGUAUCCAUUUUAUAAAUAUAUACAGAAAUUGAUUCGGGAGAAAAAAUAUGUUCCGGGUGUGAAGAAAAUCAAGAAAAAGUCUCCUGAAAAACCGAAAUCAAGUGCAUUGGCUGCGAUUGCAAAGAAUCAUGCAUCUGACUCAGAAGAAUCAGAUUCGGAUUCAGAUUUUGAACUUCAUCCAUCACUUCUUUCCAAAAAUCAACCAACCUCGGAAAAGCCAAAAAUUGGUCCGAAUUUGAAACCGAAUCCAAAACCGAAGCCUGAACCACCAGUUAUAACAAAAGAUAUCAGUCAACGAAAUGAUGUUUAUGCAUCGCUGUUCAAAAAUAUUGCUCAUGUUACAAGAGAAAUUCAAGGUGUGCAGGAAAUAAAAACUGGAGGAGAGUCGAAAAAACAAACAUCGGAUAAUUCGUAAGUUGGGAGACAAUUUUGAGAAAAAAUAUUUCUCAAAAAUUUUCCCUCAAAAAAUCCAAUAUUUUUGCAGAGAUGGUCGACAAGACGAUCCAGAAUAUCGUGAAUGGUUCGAAAAAUUCUAUCAUUAUCCAUGUCCUUGGAUCGGUCCAAAACCAAUGUUGCCACCAACCCCAGAUGUUGAACCAGUUGUGAAUAGUUAUGCAGAAUAUGUGGCUAGAAAAGGCGUGGAUUUUGAAAAAUCUCUGGCUGCUCGACCCGAUCUUCAACUUCAUUUUAUGGAUCCUAAAAGUCCAUAUUAUUCUUAUUAUCAUCACAGGGUAUGUUUUUCAAUAUAAUAUAGCAUUUUUGAGAUUAUUUAAUCUUGAAGUUUUUCUCAAUAAAAGCUAUUCAUUUUUUUUUUUGAAGGUUCGAAUGUUUCAAUGGCAAAUGACACAAGAAUACAAUAACUUCAAGAAAAACAAUACAAGUUCGACGGCUCCAGCUCCUGAAUCUCAAAAAACAAUAGCUCCAUCACUUCUUGAUCUUUCAAUUCCACCUCCAAAUUUUAAUAAUAAAAAUCAAGAAAAGGAAAAAGAAAUAAAAGUUGAACCGGAAGAACAAGUUGGAUUGAAUCGAAAACAACGAAGAAGAUUAUUAGAAGUUAAUCGAGUUGGAACAGUAGCUGAACCUGGUGUUAUUGAUCCAAUUGCAAUUCGGAAUAUUGUCAAAACUGAGGAUGUUCAGAAAUCUGAAGAACUUAUUGGAAAAAUACAGCCAUUUUCUGUGGCUAAAAGUGAGGAAAAAUCACUACCGACUUCGUAAGUUCAAUUGAGAUUUUCCGGACCAAAUUUUGUUGUAAAAUUAUAAUUUUUCAGAAUUUUGGAGAUUGAUGUGGCACCCUCAACAAGUGUCGCUUUUGAUCCGGAUGUUGGAGAUAUUGUAUCACCUGUUAAAAAAGAAACCGAAUCAAAAAAUGAAUUUGAUCCUCCAGCACCGCCUUCGAUUCCAAAUAACACGCAAUUGGAUCGAAAAGAAAAAGCGAGAAUAUUUAUGGAAAAAUUGUUGCAAGAAAAAAGAUUGAGAAAAUUGAAAGAAGAAGAGGAGGAGAGAAAGAAAAUCGAAAUGAAUUCGACGAAAAAUGAUGUUGUUGUUGGCGCUGUGAAAGUUAAGACUAUCGAUGAUAUAAUCAAUAGGUAAUUUUUAUGAAUUAAAAAACGGCAUGGGUGGCAGCGUGAAGCUUAAUUUUUCAUUUCUAGAAAUUAAAUUCAAUUCGUAUAUUUUCAGCCGAAUCAGCAGUUUAUUAUCCGAAUCUGGAUUCGAAGAAGAAAAGGAGAAAAGUAAGCAAGAAGUUGCUGAAAGUGAAAAGAAGCGGAAAAAACAUGUAAGAAUCAAUUUCAGUUUCAAAAAAUACAUAUAUUUUUUCCAGAGGAAACGAAGUCGCUCUCGAGAUUCUUCAAGCGAAGAUCGAAGAAGAUCACGAUAUUCGAGUCAUCGGAGAAGAUCGAGAUCAAGAUCGCGUUCGAGAAGUCGAAGAGAAAGACGGUGA